AAGGCGGGGUCUCGACUCUCGCCGCGGCUGGACGGCUCCGCGUCGUGGGAAGGCCGGCGAGCUGGGGGAGCGCCUGUUGCUAUGGGAGCCCGCUCAGCAAACGCUCCGGCUCCGGACGGGGCGAACCGGGCGCGGCUCUGAGGCGAAGGGCUGGAAACGAGGCGGGAAGGGGAGACGGCGUUUCCGAACUAAGUCCAUGCGAAGCGAGGCUUCUUUUAGGUCGAGGGCUACCUUCGAGCAGAAAUUCUGCAAAAGAGCCUGCAUUAAGGGCUCUGGCGGGCGAAGAAAAAGAAGACGACACAGACAGGCGCUUAGACCACUCCGGCCUCAACUUUUAUCCCUCGCCCCGUGGAAAGGAAGCUCCUGGAAGCAACCCGCGGCCAUGGACGCGUGGGUUGAGGAGCAGGUGGAGGAGAGCGACGGUGCCUUCGAACCUCUGCCUGCACUCCUCGAGGAUGAGGAGAACGUGUCUCUUGCUGAUGUUUUGUCACUGCGGGAUAGUUGUCUUACUGAGCAAGAUAUCUGGGCUGUUUGCCUGGAGUGUAGCCAGUCCCUGAAGAGCAUUGCCCAUUCUGCAAUCUUCCAGACACUUUGCAUUACUCCUGACACUUUGGCUUUUAACACCAAUGGCAAUGUAUGCUUCAUGGAACAGAUCAGUGAUGAUCCAGAAGGUGUCUUUAUGCCACCAGAGAUUGAUGUGACUGGUAACACCUUUGAGGCACAUAUCUUUUCCUUGGGAGCCACACUAAAAGCAGUGAUUGAGUACGUGACGGAGAUGGAAACAGAGUCAGAAUUUAGCCAGGAUCUACAGACUCUGCUUAAACAAAUGCAUGAAGAAAAUCCCAAAGAGAGGCCAGAUAUUGAGGCUGUCAUAUCGUUGUGCAAAGAGAAACUCAAACUUUCAUCCUCAAAUGACAUUUGUCGGCAUCUCUCUGCUGUUGGAAGGAGAAUACUUUCAAUUGAAUCAUGUGGUAGCAUUCAAGACAGUUGUGAUAACUUGUGGAAUGGAGAGGUCUACAAGAGGAUUUCACUUUAUGAACAAUCCGGAGAGGAAGAGAUAAGAGAGAAUUCCUCUCCAGAAGGUGAGGAAACUGAUGGCAGUAGAAAUUCAAGCGUGUACAGCACAAAUGAGAAAAACAAUGGUACAAGCAAAAUGAAAGUCAACUUAGCGAAUGAAAGAUUUUGCUGUCAACAGAAUUGCUGGCUACAAACUCAGGUUACUAAAUGUGUCACAGAAAACAGCAGUGCAAAAGCAGAGACAAAGCCACGCAGAAGUGAAUCAGGAAGAGAUCUCUUCAAAAAAAACUGUUUGAAGAAAGUAAAAACCUUUCUGACACUACCAUUUGAAUUUGAGACAAACCAAGGAACGUUCUUACCCUUUACAAAACAAAAUGGAUCACUAACAAGAAAAUAUAACCAGUUGCAAUCCAGACCGUUAUCUGCAAUGGGUAAUAAAGAGCAUAGUGCUUUAAGUCAAUGUGGUAGAAGUAAUCAACCUGGAUCACAUGUAGCUGAUUUCCAAGGGCCAAAUAACAUUUUGGAGGAGUUGAGUCCAGAAGCAACUUGCCUUUAUGAAUGCCACAUGGCAGUCUGUGAUGAAAAAAAAGCAAAUAUUCCUUCAUUUAGUCAUACGGUUUCUGAACCUUUAGACAACUGCAAACCAAAUGAGUCAAGAAUACAAGAAAACUAUGAAACAUGGGAAUAUUCUUGUGAAAAUACUCCAAGCUUGAAUGAAGACUUUUUGUUACAUGCUAACCAGAGGUCUACAGAACAUAAUGAAAAUGGAUGUCAUUCAGCCAUGAUAAGUUUUCCAGAAGAAAAUUGCAGCAAAAGAAAUGGCUACUCUAUUGAAGAUAUACCAUAUGAAAGCAGAGAAUCAGAAAUGGAAAAUAAUGAGCAGUGUGUUUUUCUGAAACAUCUCUUAACACAGUAUGGUAAACCACUGAAAGACUAUGAGCUCUGGGCUUUAUGCCAUGAAUGUUUACUUACUUUGGAAACAUACUCAGAUUAUCCAGCAUAUUUAUGUUUAGAUUAUGUGGUGAUUAACUACGAUGGAAGUGUCCUGUUUGUUCCACCCAGUAGUAAAGGAUCAUAUGAUGUGUUUUAUUUGGCUCCUGAGACAGCAGAAGAGGAUUUUGUUCCUGAAAAGGUCUGUAUUUACUGCAUUACUGCAAUUUUGUGGAGAGCUGCAAAAUGCAAUUUUCCACCUGAUCACAAACUUGUGUUGCCAAGGAAACUGAAAAAUUUCCUUUUGGAUAUGGCAAGAAAGAAGUCAGAAGACAGGCCUUCUCUAUCAGAUGCAAUUAAGAUAUGCAAUAGCUAUCUGCUUGAACAAAGUUUAAACAGCAAGAAGAUUCUGAAGCGUUUGAUUAAUUAUGCUUUCCAGAGUGUGAUAAAUUCAGCAGAUGAUAAUUUGGGAUUUUUACCCAUGAGCAAUGAAAGUAAACUGAUAGCAGUGAAAGGACCGGUCCCUUGCCAGCUGUCCUUAAAAAGAGAAAAUGUAAUGUUGCCAAAUGCUUUCACUUCUUCAGCAACACACUUUAAGCCUAUUAUCCUACAUCAAAAUACAGAUGUUAAAAAAGACUCCUUUGCAUCUGUGGUGGCACAUGGGGAAACAACUGCAGAGAGAGCAGGACCUGUGGAUGAAAAACAUACAACAUAUUUAAAUAUUGAUGCCAAAACCCAGCAAGAUGGAGGCCCUGAUUUGCUAUCUGACUGUGUGGCAUCUGGUAUGCUGGAGCACAGUAAACAAAAAACAGAAAUAUUUCUUCAGCAUCAUCCAGAAGAGCAAUAUACAAACACUAAUUUACCCAUGCCUACAUUACCACUGCUUUCUGAAUCUUCUUGUGUCUCUCAAGAAGAGUGUAAUGAACAAACACCUUCUUCAGACCUCUCAGACUGUACUGUGGGGUCGAGCAUGACUUUCAUAAAUAAUUUUCUCUUGAAGCAGGACCCAGAGACAAGAGUCUUAACUCUUGUACCAGUGCAGAUAGCUGUAUCUGAGCAAAUACCAAAUAAACCUCUUCAUUCAAAAACAGCUUACAGUUGUUCUAGUCUGCAUGUCCUCCUUUCAGAUUCUGUACGGAACUAUGAUGCUGGAAAAGCUGUACAGCAAAAUUCAUCCGGGUGCAGUAAAAAAGAUUUCAAACGUGGUAAUAUACCGAAUGAAUGUUGGGGCGUGAAAGCCAAGAUUAAUAGUUUAUCUUCAACUGUGAAUAAUAAAGAGACUCAGUCUGAAAGGAACAAGUUCCUUACAUUUUGCGAAGAAUCUGACAUAGAUUCCGAGAGCAGUGUCCCUUUAUCAGAUCUUACAUCACAUGCCUAUGUGGGUCAAAAUCCAGCUUCUCCAUUCAUCCUAGAAACCUCUUAUCACAGUAAUCAGGUAAAUGAAGAUUUAUUGAAGAAAGUGGUAUGCCUUAUCCAAGACGAGCUGGCAUUUGGUAGCUGUCAGGAAAAUACAGAUAACACUCUGGAUAUAGGUAAAUACAUUUUGAGUUUAAAGGAUCUCAAGUACAACACUUUCUGUAAUGUAAUUUCUGAGAAAUUUUGUGAUGUUCACUGGGAGGAGGAACUGUUAGCAAACCUUUAUGAUGCAGUAAAUGGUGGAACUCCUCCAUCUGUAAGAAUGGAUGAAACAAAAUCUUCUAACGAAGUACUUCAAAGCCCAAACAAAUGUAAUGACCUUCAGAAUGCCACUGAGGAAGCAAAUGAUGUUCCAAUAAAUACUGUUAACACUGAUGGUGUGGAUACAGAUGACAUCUCAAAAGAUAAUAAUGAAAAGGAAAUCAGAUUGCAGAAUGUAAUAGAUGGGAGAGAAACGGAGGGAGAAGAUUUGAGGACCAGCACGCAUUGUAUCAGUCCAGAUUUCCAAGAAGAGGGUCAGAAAGUUGUGGAAAAGAUGGAGGAGAAUAUUGAUAAUAGAUCUCCCUCCUUAUCAGAAUUAAGUGGAUUGUGUCCUGGUUGGACCAGUGCAUUCUAUGGUUCAGAAUGUUUUAGCCUGGAGGUUCACAACUACAUUAGAAAACUUGGAAAGCGAAAAGCCAAUGGUACUCAAAACAUUGAUGCUAAAAAAGUGGAACUUGAACAGCUGAUAAUGAUUGAGGGGAGAAACUAUAGAAAGAGUAUAAGAUUCUACCAGAAGGUGCUGGGUACAGAGAGGAGAAGCAAAGGUGGUGAAGUGAAAACUAUGUUGCCUAAACUGAGGGGACAACUGGAAGAAAUGAAAUCAAAGGUACAGUUUCUUGAACUGGUGAAGAAAUAUCUUCAGAUUUCGUAUGCAGAAAAAUGGGGAGUGGAACCAUGCAACCUUCUCACAGUUGUUAACAUGGCAAGAAAUGAAACUCUGAACAUCAGCUCCUUGGAUGACAUUCUCCUUUUCUAUAAUAUAAGUGAAAAACAAUAUAAAGCCCAGCAUAAUGCUAAUCAAAAUCGGCCAGGAAAUCUACAGGCUGGAACACCACUUGGGCUAAUGGCCUAUCUCUAUUCCAGAAGUGCAUUUUUGGAAGGCUAUGUACAGCAGUUCUUGUACACAUUUCGUUAUUUCUGCUCACAAGAAGACUUUCUGCAGUUUCUUCUUGAUAGAAUCAAGACAACUUUACCCAGUGCAAGCAUAGAAUAUUGUUCUUUGCUUAGCCAAAUAUACCACCGCAGUUUCUCCAUUCUACAGAGCUGGAUUGAAGACUGUUAUGCUGUAGACUUUACAAUAAACCCUCACUUUAUGAGUACACUGAAAGACUUUAUCAUUUCUAAGGUAAUUCCAUUCAGUGGCUAUAGCAAGUGGAUGCUUUCAUUGCUUGAUGUCAGUACAAGCAGGAAAGGGAGCAUUGUUUCGCAGUGCCACAAAAUGGAAGAAUGGAAAGAAAUGGAGAAAACUCAUGAAACACAAUCUUCACUAUCUUCACGGCAGAGUCCCACAAAAGAUUAUUUUAAAAGGAGUUUUAACUGGAAACACUCAAAAGGAAGUGGAGUUGUUGCACCUUAUCAGAAAGAUAGGCCACAGACCAUUGCAUCAGCUUUGCCAAAGCCAUGCUUUACAAGUAUAACAGAAGAAUCCUCUGGCUUCUAUACCAAAAUAGAAGGGGAACAAUGUUUCUUAACCGAAUAUACUGCUCAACAACUUUGCUGUCAACUGACAUUGUUAGAACAGGAAAUAUUCAAUAAAUGUCAUCCAGUGCACUUUCUAAAUUCAAGACAGCUUGGAGUCAAAGACAAAACUAUGCCUCUCCAAAAAGCUACUGCCUCGGAGCCCUUGCCUACCCAAGUCUGUAACCUUUUUACGAAAAACUGUGUCCAAGACAACUACCUCUUGCAAAUUUUGAAGUAUGCAGACAAUGUCAGUGCCUGGGUUGCUGGUGAAAUUGUAACAAGCUACAGUUCUAAGGAGCAAAUGAACAUGCUAACCAAAUUUCUCCUCACUGCAAAAUGUUGCUAUGAGCAAAGAAAUUUUGCUACUGCGAUACAAAUCCUGAGAGGACUGGAAAAUCUCAUUGUGAGACAAUUGCCAGUCUGGAAAUGUUUGGCUUCUAAAGUAUCAGACAUAAUGGAAGAACUGAAGGCUGUUGAGGUGUUUUUAAAAAGUGACAGCUUAUGUUUAAUGGAAGGAGGGAGUUUUAGAAGUUCACCAACAAUUCCAUCUGCCCACAUUUUGGCCAUGCAUAUCCAGCAGCUUGAAACUGGAGGAUUUACUUUGAGAAAUGGCACAUACAAGUGGACUAAACUCAGAAACAUUGCUAAAGUUGUGAGCCAGGUUCAUGCAUUUCAAGAAAAUCCCUACAUGUUCCCUCCAGAUCACCAACUACAGUCUUUCUUAAGGCAAAGAAUAGCCUGUUUUGCUGAUGCAGACAUCUCUGCUCUAGCAGCUGACAACUCUGCCAACUUUCACCAGAUAGGAGCUGAAAAACAGUCCCGAAAAAUCCAAGACACAUUGCACAGGAUGAAGGCGAUGUUUCAGUAGUGGUUUCUGUGUCAUUUUUCUCUCAUGUUUUAUGUUUAAAAUUAAUUUUUUUGCUUACCAGAUGGUGCCACAUGUGAAAUUAGCUUUAUAUUGCAAAUCAGAUAUAAGUUUGCUUGGAAGGAAGUCCAGUUGUGUCCACUGGAAUUUGCUGUCACACAAGCAUGCCUAUGGCUGCAGCUUCAAAGCACAGCCUCCAUUUGGCCACAAUACUAACAAAGGCUGUAUAUAUGACUCAGUUUGUAUUUAAAACAUUGAAACCCUUACACAUAAGGAGCAAGAUAGUGGGAUCAGAUCUAAACGGUUAAAACACUCACCUUUUAGAAGCAUGUUUCAAAACAUCCUGAGAUGGGAAAGGGCCUAUCCUGUCACUAUGAAGACAGAGAAGUCCAUUAGAAGUGUUUUUCGGACUGGUCUUUUAUUUCCAAAGGAAUCUUUUCCCACUUAGGUAGAGAGGGGGAGUCUCCUCCUUGCCUGGGCAGGGAAUGCUUUAGAAGUUCCUCUUUCUCUCAACUACUUAUGUUUCUUCCAAGGACUUAAUAACAAGAAUUACAUUUCGUCAGGUCAAUUCUGACUUAAUUGAUCCUUUCCAGCUUUUUCUAUGUAUAGAGUGCUCAGAAAUGGUUGACUGUUCCCUUCUUGUGGGGGAUGUUCUAGGGCUGUGAAGCUUACUCUUAGUCAAAGAGAAGAAAUACUACAAAAGUCUCCUGCUAUGUGAGUCCCUGUGUUCCUAGUUUCUCUGUGAAGACUCUUGUUAGUAAAAGGAACCACAGAGCACAAGGACUAAAGCAAUAGAAGUCUCUGCAGCCCAAGAAGAAACAGGAGAUUUCUAAAGGUGAGAGAAAUCCAAAAAGGCUGAGAGCUGGAUGUAGCCUGUGACCCAUCACUGCCUUUCUGUGGCCUAGAAAAAUAAUCCAUCUGGCAGCCUUAAGGAUCUGAGUGCACAUUAAGGAAAAUAAUGCACUCGCCGCACAUAUGUCUUCUCCAGUACAUUGCUCUUUAACACACUUGUUCCCUCUUUUUCUUCAAAUGUUCAUUUGCAACAGAGAUGGGAAACGUGUCCAUCCAGGUCCUGUUGCAAUGUGGCUUCCAUCAGCUUUAGCCCCAGCAGAGUCAAUUGUGAGUGAUGAUGGGAAUUAUAGUUGAAUAUAUUCGCAAAGGCUUUCACGGCCGGGAUCUAA